GCUUGCCUUGCUUGCCAGACACGCCGGGGGUGCGGCUGAUUUGUUGUGUGUGUGUCGUAUAGAUUCCUAUUGAGAGAGGAGGGGUGAUGGUGGUCUUUCUUUGGACGGAUGGAUGGAUGGGAAAUGGAGGGGAAAGGGGAAAGGCGGGAAAUAAAGGUCUAGGGGAAAUGAAUGGCUGCGUGUGUGUAUGCUGUAUGUAUGUAUGUGGUGUGGUGUGUAUGUGGAAGGCGUCGGCCUUUUGUUGGCCUUUUGUUGCUGUUGUUGUGCGUUUUCAAAAUCAAAGUCAAGCCACUUCACUUCGCUUGGGGGCCGUUGAGGCUGUCCCUUUUUUCGUUUUCCCGGUGGUGAUGGUGAUGGUGGUGUAUAUGUAAAUGCGCGCUGUUGGGAUAAGUGUAUGUGCUACUGCUGCUGCUA